AUUUAAUGAAGAUGUGGAAAUGCUUUAGUUCCUUUGUCGUGCUCAGUGUUAUAUUCCUCGAAUAUUCGAGCGGACUUUAUUUCCACAUCGGUGAAACCGAGAGAAAAUGUUUCAUAGAAGAAAUACCCGACGACACUACCGUUCUAGUGAACUACAAAGUCGAACUGUACGAUCCAAGGAGCGGUGGAUUCAUGCCUAGCAGUCCUGGUAUAGGAAUGCACGUCGAGGUCCGAGACGUCGAUGACAAAAUGAUAUUGUCGAGGGUCUACAGUUCCGAGGGACGCAUCUCGUUUACUUCUCACACACCUGGAGAACAUGUCAUAUGUUUGUACUCGAACAGUUCUGCCUGGUUUAGCGGUACUCAGUUGAGAGUUCAUCUAGACAUACAGGUUGGGGAGCAUGCUAUCGAUUAUGCUAACGUCGCACAGAAGGAAAAGCUGUCCGAACUACAGCUCAGACUUCGUCAGCUGCUUAGCCAGGUCGACCAAAUAACCAAGGAACAGAAUUAUCAAAGGUAUCGUGAAGAACGAUUUAGACAGACGUCGGAAAGCACGAAUCAACGUGUCCUGUGGUGGUCGCUUGCUCAGACAGCGAUUCUUCUAGCAAUGGGUGCAUGGCAGAUGAAACAUCUGAAAGGAUUCUUCGAGGCAAAGAAAUUGGUUUAAAAGAAUCCACGCGUCUAUACGUGUAUCAUCUAAAUAUCGUGCAUUUGUCACGGUGAAUAAAAUACAAUUUGUUAUCAUUUUUCAACAUAAAAAAUUUCAACACACUGAGUCUGAUUGUUUGGUACAUAUACACAUCAAUGUCUUAACUUUGUAGUCACCGGCGGCAUUACCGAGGUCUACAUAUAAUGCCCAAGUACAUAUUUCGAUCAUGGAUAUUAAUCAACUAAUUUUUACUAUCAAGAUUGGGAAAUAUUGUAUGACAAGUUAAUCCGCAACUGUGUAUGCCAUUGAAAUGUUUAUAAUAAAAUUAUCUAUUUAUAAAGUAAA